AUGAAAGUGAAGUGUUGAAAAGUGAUGUCAUUGUUCUGGAUUGUCAUUCGCCAAUUAGCUGAUUUUGAAGAAGCCAUGGCCACAUCAAAAAAAGUAAUCACUAGAGAAGAUUGGGAGAAAAGGCUGAAUGAUGUAAAAAUUAGAAAAGAAGAUAUGAAUAGAUUGGUAAUGAAUUUUCUAGUUACAGAAGGUUAUGUAGAAGCUGCGGAGAAGUUCAAAAUGGAAUCUGGGACAGAUCCUGAUAUAGAUCUUGCUACCAUCACUGACCGGAUGGCUGUUAAAAAGGCUGUGCAGUCCGGUAAUGUAGAGGAUGCAAUUGAGAAGGUUAAUGAUUUGAAUCCUGAGAUAUUAGAUACAAAUCCACAACUCUUUUUCCAUCUCCAACAGCAAAGGCUGAUAGAGUUGAUAAGGAAUGGAAAGGUCGAAGAAGCUCUGGAGUUUGCUCAAGAGGAACUGGCUCCAAGGGGAGAAGAAAAUCAAGCCUUCUUAGAAGAACUGGAGAAGACUGUUGCAUUACUGGCUUUUGAAGAUGUUUCUAACUGCCCAGUUGGAGCGCUUCUUGAUGUAUCACAGCGUCUAAAGACCGCAAGUGAGGUAAAUGCAGCAAUUCUCACCAGCCAAAGUCAUGAAAAAGAUCCAAAGCUUCCAAGCCUAUUGAAGAUGUUGAUAUGGGCACAAAACCAGCUUGAUGAAAAAGCAGUAUAUCCUCGCAUAACCAAUCUUUCUACUGCAUCACUUGAAGAUCCUGCUGUCUGAAAGAUGAUCAAAGUUCCUUCAUGAUUCACAUUGCCUAACUUAAUAGAGCUAAAGGCAAGAAGACCUUGUACUCUUUUGCUUUAAACCACUUGUUGCUGAUAGAUUCAUUUUAUUUCAAUUUUUAUUGUUGCUUAGGCAUAUGUUAGAUUGGCAGCAGGAUGUGCAGUUAUACACAGGCCGAGUUGGACCUUCCCACCUUAAUCCAUUUGUCCUUUUCAUUAGUGGUGUGGAAACUGGAAUUUGUGUGAUUUUUCAGAACUUGUGAAUUUGGUGUAAUAUGUACCAUAUUUAGUUCCACUUGCGUACCA